CGUAAGCCUCUUGGACGCUUGCCUCUCUUGACUUAUGACUUCCACGAUGGACACCGAUGCUCAAAACCCUACCCAGCCGUACACGAUUCUGCGCAUCAAGCGUAAACGACAUGAAGAACCUCUUGAUGCCCUUGUCGUCGAGUCGGGCAUUCGUCGCAAGAAAUCUCGCGGUGGCAUGGGGGUGUUCAAGUUCGCGCAGACUGUAGAAGAUAGGGCUUGGAGUGAUCAGAAGUUGCACCAACAAAUACAAGACAAAGUUUCUCGGUUGUCUCGAGAGGCACCGGUUCUGACGCCAGAAACGAACCAGCCGUCUGUUCCCCAGCCUGCGUCGUCGCCUACCAGUAGCCGGCGUCUGUCGACCGACUUCAAUCGGAGGUAUACGAUUAUAGACCAAGAAUGCGAAAGUAUGCCUCCAACUAGCCCACCCAAGGUCAUCUCUACCAAAGACCUGCCUCCUAAGGCCACAAAUCCGAAUUUACGCGUGUUCGAUGCUAUACCGGAAGACGGUCAGAGUUCUCAUGUGAUGGAUCUAGAGAUGGAAAAGAUCAUGCCUAUGCUUAAAGCAUAUCUCAACAUUGACGAUGUUGUAGCCUCAGAACCAGCUCCCGAGUCGGAGGACUAUGUUUGGGACGUCUUCUAUCAUAGACCCUCGACUCUGAGUGAAUGGAACGAGGCUGCCACCAUUGGGACACUAACGGGUCUUCCACACUCUCUCAUGGAUCGUUAUGACCUUGACUCCGACUCUGAAGAAGAGGAUGAAGCGGACGAGGAUUCAAAUGCGGAGGAAUAUUACAAAAACGAUUAUCCUGACGAAGAAGAAUUAUCAGACUGGAGCGGCAGUAGCGGUAUGUUUAGUAACACUUCGUUUGCUUGAUACUAGCAUUUUAUCCUGGCAGACGACUUCCAUGAACACUCGGAUAAUGACCAACUUUAUCAGUAUGAUUCAGACUAAGGCUUCAGACCCAAGAAACUUUACUAUCAGCUCAUGUAUAGACAACUUUCCAUGUGCAUCUUGGCAUACUUUUCAUGUAUACCUCACAGCAUUUCAUGUAGCCAUAAACUGUACAUUUCCCACAAUUUAGCAACUAUGUGUUCUCA